ACAAAUUCCUUAACCUGUUCUCGGAAAAACACACCUUAUCAAGACACCCGAGUAAAUGCUGGUCAACCUUGACGUACAGGCUGUUGAGGAGUCGGCCACUCAAUUAUAUACCCAGAACUAAAACACGAGGACACCCGUGUAAACACUGGGCGACCUUGUCAGACAUCGACGCUGUCGAGAGAGUCAGCCAAUUAAUUUGAAGCAUGGCUUCAAUCGACAAACACCUUUUGGUGGCCGCCAUUGACUUCGGAACCACUUACUCGGGGUAUGCCUUCUCCUUCCUCCACGACUAUCAACGUGACCCAUUGAAGAUUUCAGCCAACAACUGGACAGCGGGUUCAGGGGGUCUUAUAUCCCUGAAGACGUCCACCUGUGUUCUCUUUAAACCAAACGGUGACGUCCACUCUUUUGGUUUUGAGGCUGAAGACAAAUAUUCCGAUCUUUCCUUAGACGGAGAACAAGAUGGAUGGCACUACUUCCGACGAUUUAAAAUGAAACUUUAUGAGAACAAGUGUUUAAACCGCUCGUUCAAGAUAGAAGAUGAUCAAGGUCACACAAUGGCGGCUAUCAAAGUGUUUACAGCAGUCAUCAAGUACCUCAAGGAUCAAAUGCUGACGUCGUGUAAAAACCAGAUGACAGACAUCAAGGCGACAGAUAUCCUCUGGGUCCUUACUGUUCCUGCAAUCUGGUCCGAUGCCUCCAAACAGUUCAUGCGAGAGGCUGCUGAGGCGGCUGGUAUCCAAUGGAAUCACCUGCUGAUUGCCCUAGAACCGGAGGCCGCAUCGCUGUACUGUAAAUACCUUCCAUUGGAAAGAAAGGGAGAGGGCGGUCUGAAAACCUUUACUGCGGGGUCAAAGUACCUUGUCCUUGACGCCGGAGGCGGCACGAUAGACAUUACCGUACACGAGGUUCAGCGGGAUGGAUCAUUGAAGGAAAUCCACAAGGCCAAUGGUGGAGACUGGGGAGGUACGAAGGUUGAUCACGCUUUCCAAGUUCUCUUAUCUGGAAUCAUUGGUAACGGUGCAUUUCACACCUUCAUGGAAAAGAACAAGGCAGAUAUGGUCGAAUUCUUCCGCGAUUUUGAAGUGAAAAAACGCACCAUAAAACCAAAUGCUCCAUCUGAUGAAAAAGUCACCUUCAAAGUUCCGUCCACAAUGAACGACGCAUGCAAAGUUGAGAAAAGCAACGAUAUUGCCACGAUUGUGAAAUCGAAACAGCAGUUUAAGGGUAACUUGUCGGUCAUUGGUGAUAAAUUAAGAGUCAGCGGAGAUCGUGCUAAAGAACUGUUUAAAGACCCAGUAAAGCAUAUUGUGGCCCAUUUGAAGGAGUUGUUGGAGGUACCGUCUGCAAGGGAAGUGACAAGUAUCUUGAUGGUUGGGGGAUUUUCGGAGUCCCUUGUUCUACAGGAUGAAAUCAAAGCAAGUUUCCCGAACCUUCGAAUGAUUGUGCCGCAGGAUGCAGGCCUGGCAGUUCUAAAAGGAGCGGUCAUCUUUGGGCAUGAACCAAGGGCUAUUAAGUCACGUGUUUGUAAAUACACUUAUGGAGUAGACUGUACACAAAUGUUUGAUGCCGAAAAGCAUGAUCCCUCUCAUCGAUACACCACUUCUGAUGGCGAAGUGAGAUGCAAUGACUUAUUUUCUAUCCAUGUUCGUAUUGGGGAUUGUGUGGAUAUCGGACAACCACAGUCAGUUGAAAGUUACACUCCUCUUACUCCAGACCAAACGGCCAUGUCAUUUUCAGUGUAUGUAUCCACAGAGACGAACCCCGAUUACGUGACAGAUCCAGAUUGUACUAAGAUUGGUCAUUUUACAAUCGCCAUGCCGGACACGACUAAGGGACUGAACAGAUCUGUAAGUGUACAGAUGACUUUUAGUAACACAGAGCUCGAAGUAGAAGCCAUUCAGGGAGACACAGGGGAGAUAUUCACCGCGGCAUUCGACUUUCUGUAAUGUAUAUAAACUAGCUGUGAUCUUCGUUUAACGUUUGUUGUACAAUGCUGUGAAGUUUGAACUCGUUUCAGUGACAUCUCAUCCAAACCAUUAACGGUGAACAGGAGGUAGUAAAGAGGACCUUCCUCAUAGAUUUCAUGAUAAAAAUAUUACAUUGAGACUACUAUAAGACCACUAGAGGACUCUGACUAGCCAUAUGGUUGUUCCUAGAAGUGUUUCCAUAAGAAAGUAACAGCCAAAGAUGUGAUUAGUCUGAGAAUCGUUAAAACGUUUUCGAUUGUGUUGAUAUUAGAUACAAUGAACGAAAUGAAUCUAUAUAUUUAAUAACUGUAGUAAUAUAGUGCGAUGUGAUUGGACAUUAUCAAUACCAGAUUGCUUUCUUCACCUUUGUGAUACUGAAUUUAAAAGUCUUGCAUUAUUUAUGAAGAAUCAUUUAUGUGCCCUAGAAAUUUGGAGAGCGCUACCUUUACAUUCCCAAAGUAACUAUUGCUCUUUUGAUUCUGAUAAUUGUGGUUUGGGAAGAUGUGCUGUCCACGUUGUUGUAUUCUACAACGUUGAGGGUAUACCAUAAUGUAAUUAGUUCAGCAAACUUUAAUAGUAUAUGUACUAUUUUACCAGUCUGAUGUACUGCAAAGAAAAUUUUGUACCAGGGAAGUAGUUUGAUUAUACUCGAACAAAAAAUGCACAAGAAAACAUCAUCUGAAAGAAUAUAUUUAACCUAUUUAUACAGAUAUUUAGAAAUGCAUUAUGUAACAUACUUUAAAAGUACCAAUAUAUAAAUAUUUGAUGAUACCAGCUACAGACAAGCUUACCUCCCGGUAUGAAUGAAAAAUGAUCUGCCACAUAUGUACAAAACACUUUCGGUCUAGCUCUGAUGCAUUGAUAUGUUCAACAAAAUCUGCUGCUUCCCAGUAAGUUACAAAUAUUUGCCAACUUCUAAUUAUUCGAAGGAUCAUUGGCUCAGUGUCUGCCUUAUAUUUGACCCCUUGAGGCGACUCAUUUUAUGGCCCCUGCAGGGAUUACCGGAUCCCCGGCUCACUGUUUGUACCAUAUACAUCAGCCCAUAAGGCGACCUAUUUGGAGGUCCCUGCAGAGACUACUGUGGUCACCCUUGUUUAAAAUUUCCUUUUAAACCGUUUCCAUGAACCACUCUGCAAUACAUUGCUAUUAAUAUAUGAAAUUGUACAACUUCUUAAUUUCUAUUAUGGUUUUUUUUAUUUCUAUUGAAAAAUACAUUUUAAGGCGAGUUUUAUGUCUGUGGUCAUUUUGGGGAGAGUUUUUCAAGACGAAAUUAUUUCGACGAGUUUAUUUGGUAGACGACGUUUUCGGCACAAAUUUCUAGUGUUUGUCUCUCGUUGUUUCAUCUUAUCGUCAUACUAGCAUUUCUUUAUCCAGUUACUGUCGCAUUAUUCAACAUUUUCCAUCUUUGACCUUCGUUUACUACCUGGACGAGUAAGAGUAACUCAAGCCGCCAUCAUGACGUGCAUUUCACCCCGUCCCUCGCAGCUUUUGUUUCACGCCGUGUUUACAAGAACAAAAACAAAAAAGAUUUUCUCCUUAUAUUUAUUAAGAUUGUUUUGUAUUAACUUACCUGACUUAAAGUAUUCAUGAUGAAUUUUGUACAGUAAUAAGCAUUCGAUUACAAACUAAUCGAGGGGGUUUGCGAUUACAAAAGCACAUUUUAUAUACUAAUUGUCUAUAAACAUAUGUUCCUAUAGGGAAAAUUUUAUAUAAGUAAAUACUGUUUGUUUAUAUAUUUUUUGU